AUGGUAUCUCAUUCAUGACAUGGCCUCUAAAUUUUCUUAUAAAUUUAGCUUCACAACACUACACAGCUCAAAGAAAAUCUCAGAAAUAUGGCAUUGUCUCAUAAUAUUGGAGACGAAACUAGUGAAGUCCUCGCUGCUCAGGCACACAUAGCGAACCAUGUAUUCAAUUACAUCAACUCUAUGUCACUCAAAUGUGCAAUUCAGCUUGGAAUUCCAGAUAUCAUCCAUAGCCAUGGCCGAGCCAUGACCCUCUCCGAUUUAGUGAAUGCCCUCUCCAUCAACAAAUCCAAAGGUCAGGAUUGUAUUUACCGUCUCAUGCGUAUUCUAAUCCACGCAGGUUUCUUUAUACAAACCAAGAGUAACGAAGAACAAGAUCAAGAAGAGGGCUAUUUACUUACUCCGACUUCACGUCUCCUCCUUAAAAACGAGCCUUUGAGUCUAGUCCCAUUUGUGCAAGCGCAACUGGAUCCGAUUUUAAUGGACCCGUGGCACUCACUUGGCAAAUGGUUCAAGAACGAUGACUCUACCCCGUUUGCGACCGCACAUGGGAAGCCGUUGUUUGAAUAUGCAGGGGAUGAACCGAGGCUUAACCGUUUAUUUAACGAGGCCAUGGCUAGUGAUGCCCGAUUGAUCAUGAGUGUGCUGAUUAAAAAUGGUAAGGGAGUUUUUGAAGGGUUGACAUCAUUGGUGGACGUUGGAGGUGGCAUUGGGACCGUGGCUAAAGCCAUUUCCAAUGCAUUUCUAGAGUUAAAGUGCUUUGUUUUCGAUCUCCCGCAUGUGGUUGAAGGCUUGGAAGGGAGCAACAACUUGAGUUAUGUCGGAGGAGAUAUGUUUAAGUCCAUUCCUUCUGCUGACGCAAUUUUGCUAAAGUGGAUAUUACAUGAUUGGAGCGAUGAUGAUUGUGUUAAAAUAUUGAAGAAAUGUAAAGAAGCAAUUCCAAGCAAGGAGAAUGGAGGAAAGGUGAUCAUCAUUGAUAUUGUGGUUGAUAACCAGAAAGGAGAUAACAAAUCAUAUGAAACUCAACUUUUCUCAGACGUGCUCAUGAUGGUUCAUGUUUCUGGAAAAGAAAGAAAUCGACAAGAUUGGGCAAAACUCUUCUUUGAUGCUGGUUUUAGCGACUACAAGAUUAGUCCUAUUUUGGGAUUAAGGUCUGUUAUUGAGGUUUACCCUUAAUAUAAUCUUGUAAUAAGAAGUCCAAAUACACAAAUAGAAUGAUGAGCUGAGUGAAGCAUUUUGAACUUCUAGCAUAAGGUAAUAUUAGAGAGCAAGAAAUCUUGUGUGUUAACGGGUAUUAUGAAUAUUGUUUUUGUCUUAUAUGGUAACUAA